AUGGUGGCUUUUGACAAAAAGCAGCAACAACUGAACAGAGAUUCCAGCCUAUGGAGAAGUGCACAUAAGAAUAGGAUAAAUAUGGCUUUUAAGGGAGAAAACCACUUAGACUGCCUUCCAUUACCUGUACAGCGCAUGCACUUAAUUCAGGUGGACUCUGUUCAGCGAUGGAUGGAAGAUUUGAAGUUGAUGACAGAUUGUGAAUGUAUGUGUAUUCUCCAGUCCAAACCAAUCAGCAUUGAGAAGGAUGAACAAAAUGAGCUUAUCCUUUCCUCACAAUAUAGUACAUGUGAUAACUUGCAAUUGCUGUUAAAAAGAGCCUGGAUCAUAAGCACAGAGUUGACCAGGAUUGCUCAAAAACUAGAGAAGAAUAGAUGGCAAAGAGUCCACAGCAUGACAGUACGAGUCAACUGCCAUGUGCGUUCAAUGAUAAAUGAAUACAAUAUGUUCACCAGGAAUUCUUCAGAGGAAAUGCACCAGUUUGAAAAACUUUUAAUAGACAAAUGUUCAGAAUUUACAGCAUUCACAGAAAGGUGCAUACAAACUGAGGAUGAACAGAUACUGAAAUCCAUGAAAUCUUGUAUUAAUGAAACACUCACUACUGUUGCUCAGUAUUUUGGCCAGUUGAUAGAGCUGGUUUUAACGCAUGAGGCACAGAACCUGCUGAGACAAAUAGAAUUGUCAGACAAUGUGUACAUCACUGAGUCAGCUAUUAGUAGUUUAUUCAGCCUUACCCAGGAAGGUGCUCAUCUGUGCCGCAUCAUAGCUAAGGAAGGAGGUGUAGUCGCUCUCUUUAAGAUCUGCCGCCAGGAUUGUUUCAGGUGCCUUUACCCCCAGACGCUGAGAACCUUGGCAUCCAUUUGCUGUGUAGAGGAAGGGAUGCACCAGCUGGAGAAGGUUGAUGGAAUACUGUGCUUGGCUGACAUCCUUACUGAUAGUACCCAUUCUGAAGCCACUCAUGCAGAAGCAGCGGCAGUAAUUGCACAGAUCACAUCUCCACAUCUCACGUUCACUCAGCAUCUCAGCAGCUUUCUGGAAAAUAUGGAGGAAAUCGUAACAGCACUUGUCAAACUGUGCCAAGAAGCCUCAUCUGGUGAAGUUUUCCUGCUAGCUUCAGCAGCUCUUGCCAAUAUUACUUUCUUUGAUACUGUGGCUUGUGAAAUGUUGCUCCAAUUAAAUGCAAUGAAGAUUCUUCUAGCAGCAUGUUCGGACAAACAGAUAGUGGAUACUCCAUAUUCCCGAGAUCAGGUGGUAACAAUAUUGGCAAACAUGUCUGUGUUGGACCAAUGUGCUUCAGAAAUCAUUCAAGGAAAUGGUGUUCAGCUUUUAUUGGAAAUGCUCUUUGAGAGAUCAUCUUCGGGAAAUUCAGCAGAAGUUGCCGCUUGUGAGCGAGUCCAACAGAAAUCUGCAGUUACGCUGGCACGACUCAGCCGAGAUCCUGAGGUGGCAGAUGCAGCCGUAAAACUCAGCUGUAUUCCUCGCCUAAUUAAACUUUGCAGAUCACCAACUGAAAGAAAUAACAGCGAUUCUGUUUUAGUGGCAUGUCUGGCAGCCUUACGAAGACUAGCAGUUAUGAGCCCUGAUGGACUUGAAGAUUCAGAUUUUCAGCAGCUAGUAAAGCCCAGACUUGUGGAUUCCUUUCUGCUAUGCACAAAUAUGGAAGAGAGCUUUGUAUAAAUGUGAGCCAAAAACCUCAAGCUAGCCUCUGAAAAACAAUCAAGAUAAUAUGUAUACAAUUUUAUGUCAUUUUAGGCCUAUUAUUUAUAACUUAUUUAUUUUAAAACCACAGAUAUGUGGUUUGUAGUAGCAAAGGAACAGAAUAAGCAAACCUGUUUCAGUGGUUUACAAAGGUAACUGUUUAUGUUGUUUUCCUGCUAUACCUGAAGACAUGUCAACAGACCACAUCCGUGCAAUCUAACAAAAAGUUGUCGUCUUGUUUAACAGAGUUGAAUCAAGGUAACGAAGCCAAGAAUUUGGUGCUCUGAUUUUGAACGUUUAUAGUAAUGUUUUGUUGCUGAUAUUUUACAAUGAUUAGAGCAUUUUGCAUUCUUUAGAAGAAAUGUUUUAGUCUUAUGCAUUCAUUUCAUUAGAGAAAAAGAAAGGAUCCUUAAAGCUUUAAGAAUAUACUUUAAAAUGAAAGAGAUGUUACAAUCUGUUACUGCCACUUCUUAACUGUUGCUGUUAUAUUUUAAUAGAAUUAUGAAAAUGCCUACCUGUGAUUAGCUAAGGUAAUUUUUUAGGAAAUUUUCAAAUACUGGCUUUUAAUUAUGUUAGAGGACAUUCUUAAACUGUAUACACUGAUCCAUUAGAAGGUACAUAAUUGCAGACAACUCUUUUAUAUGCAUGUAACUCAAAUUUUCUCAACAAAUUAAGAGACUUCUAGAAAAAUCUUCAUGAAAACAAACAUACAUCAUCAGUGUGAAGGUAUCGACAUAAGACUUAAAAUUCUCAUGCAUUGAUAAUUCCUCCCUCCUUUCCAAGCCUUAAAAUAACUGGAAAUGAUUGUGUCCAGACAUGUUUUUAAUAUUCAAAGUACUAAUUCUGUGAAAAAUUGUGCAUGCAUACAUUAAAUAAUCAGAACAGAUAAAUUGAUUAUGACUUAAAUUUCCAAUUUUCUGUUUUUCUAACUAGUCUUGUAUUUCUAAAAAUGUGGAAUGAGAUUUUCAAGAGCUCUUGCAGUUAGUAAAAGAUUUUAUGUAAAAAUAGGUCUAUUUUUUCAUAAAUAUUUCUCUUAAAAUUUGGAUUUUUCUUUUCAUCAAGAAACCAUAUACAUUUGAAAUUAGUCAACCAGCAAUAUCUGGAGAGUGUUUUUCUGCCUCUUUUCUCAGAAAAGACACUGUAGAGUACAAAAGGGUCUGUAAUUUGUUUCUUGAUGGUUUGCAACUAUUUCUCUGGAUCACUUUAUGAUCAGGCAUCUUUAGGGUACUAGGACAUCUGCCAAAAAAGUAAGUAGGAUUCUUCUUGACUUUGGUUACUAUGUAGAUAUAUUAAACAGCUUAAUCAAUUAAUGUUUAUUUAGUAUUCUUUGGGGUUUAGAUGA